UGAAGUGGAGCAGCAGGUACCAACAGCAGACAGGAGAAGUUCUGUCCUCCCCAUGGGGGCGCUGAUAUGGGGUGUGCACCACUCAUUUGCAGUUGUGCUGCUGCUCCACAGAGGGGCGUCAGAGAGCAGGUGGAGCUCCAGCCCUGGGCAGCCGGACAGGCGUCGUUCACAGCAGAGGUGGAGCGCUUCAUCGCCUUCAUCACGACCCCACAGGUACAGUGCUCACAGUGGCUCUUCCCAGGUUCUUCCAUGGGGGGGCGGGUUCCGGUGACCCCCUGGGCCCUGUGUGCGGAUGGCUGGGGGCCACCUGUGAGCACAAUGCAGCCCUGCGUGUCCUACUCCUUCAGCAUGGACCAGAAGGACGCCUCCUAUGUGGAGAGGAUGCUGCAGGCCGGCUGCGAGGUGCACCAGUUUGAUCCGAGCCAAAAGCGGGAGUCCGCCUCGGGCCGCCUCCGAGGACACCGCGCCUGGCUGGACUGGCGGACCCCCCGGCGGGGGUCGAGGAACAGGCCCGCCAACGCCGUGCCCAGGAAGCUAAGUGCCAUCAUGGACAUGCUGGGACACACAGAGGUGCACUUCCUCAACGCGGACCUGGAGAGCGCCGAGUGGCGCCUUCUGGAGAGCUGGGCCAUGGACGGGACCCUGAACCGCAUCUGGCAGCUGCUUCUCACGGUGCAUCUGCAUUGGGCCGGGUUCGAGGUGGCCGGCAGCGAUGCGGAGGUGGUGCGGUUCUGGUACAGCGUGCUUCACCGCCUCCGAGCCUCCGGCUUCCGUCUGCUGCACAGCGCCGGGGGAGCGGGCCGGACCGUCCUGCGACGCCCGCUGCCCGGAGCCCGCAGCGCCUACAGCCUGACCUGGGUCCGAAAGAGGGGGCCCGGCUGAGUCGCUCCUCCCCCGCCGGGCAUUCCUGCUUUCCCAGGGCUUCGUGACCACGGUGACGAAUGUCAUGGCGCACCCUGCAGCCGCGUUUGCGCCGCGAUCAUAAUCGUUUUGAGCGAUUCUCCUUCCUCGAUGCAGUAUGGACUUUGUCGGCCCACUGCCGAGAGUGGAAAUGGCGCUCUGAGCAACAUCGCACACCGCUGAGUCACCGAAGCCGGACGGAGCUGCGCCCCCCGGUGGCCGAGGACAGAACUGCGUGUGUGCAGCUCACACAGGACUGAAGCUAGAAACCUUUUUUUUUUUAAAAAGUAUACCAAGUACGUUCCUUUUUUUUUAUUUAGGGCCCUUUCUAUCGAAAUGCUAUUUUCUUCUCAGUCACUCAGUUUUAUUAUUCAUUUGUCCUGGUCAGGGUCACGGCGGUCCGGACCCGAUAACUGGGCGGGGGGGUAACUUUCUUGUGUUAUAUCUGU